AUGAUAUUCGCGAAACAGAGAGUGAAGUGCGAGGGAGACAGAAGUGGUGUGAAGGCCGGCGACACCGGUAGUGGCGCUUUGGUGCGCUCAACAAGAAAACAUGAAAAGGUAAGGGGCAUAUUGCUAAGGACCGAUCGCCAAAACGGCGGAGACGAGGCGCUCUGGGGGAAACGUAAACGCGCGCGUUACCGAUUGUUCGCGCGCGGAUUUAGCCGAGCGGCCGCGGCGGACGUAAAAAGUUCGAUUCGCGCCCGAGACGGCCUAAAGGGCGAGACGCGGCCGGCCCGGGGAGGCGGCCGCAGACGUCCGCUAAUUGUCGGCUGCAGCGGCGCGGCGCGCACGUGGGGCGGCCGCGGCGCAGCCGGCGCGCGCACGUCGCCCUCGCGGACGCACCCCACCGAGACACGAACUCGCGCGGAAGGCGCACGCCGCGCGUCCAACGGCGGCACGACAACGCGUCUGCGCGUGGAGCCUACCGACGCCGACGCGCUCCGCUCGACGACUGACGCGAACUACGCGUCGCGCCCGUCGCCCGAGGGCGCGGAGGCGGGAGGCGCGCGACCUCCGGAGCCCCGCUCCGCCGCGACCCGCGCCGGUGAAACCGACCGACGAAAUCGCGAGGCGAGGCGGGCCGCGGGGCGCUGGCUGCGCGGCGCGGAGUUGGAGGGGGAGACGGGGGGAAGGGGGGGGGGGAGGAGGAGGGCGCACGCGGCCGAGCGCAACGCUCGCCGCUGCACCGUCCCGUCCGCCUCAGCACUUUACAUAACGCCGUACGGGUGGCGAGUCGCGCUCGCCCGCGAAACGAGGUCGCGGCGGCGGACGCCGGCGGAAUUU